CGACCGCUACAUUCUGCGCCGAAACCCAGUCUCUCCCGGUCCGUACUUUAACUUCUUCCCACAGACCUAGUGGUACCUCGUUGGGUACCGGGAGACAGUUUGGAUUACUGGCAUUACGGAUUGAGUGUGAUUAUACGCGGAUGACGACUCCUUCAAUGAGAAUUUAGUAAAAGAAAAUCGGUCGGAAAUUUCAGAAUAUGUGGAGUGGACCCUAAUUUCAGCAUCCUGGAAGUAGAAAGCACAGAAGACCUGUGUCUCACGCCUCAGACAGGUGCAGUGUGUAGCGGGGGCAGCACAGAGGAAGGACGCUCUGGGGAGGAGGCGGUGCGGCAGCUUGCCACUCCGGCUCCGGCUGUGGAUGUGCUGGGUGGCAACCCCCAAGCUGCACAGAAUGUGGCUGGGGAGUCAUCUCGGCAUGCCCCGCAGCCGGUCGCAGCUGCCCCCCGCCCAGUCCCUCCGCUCACCACUCCGUCCACGGUGCCAUUGCCGGAGAGCAGCGCCCCAGGGUUGCUCAGCAUGGAGCGCAUCUCUGAGACUCUCCCCGUCAUUAGCGACUUUACGGGCAGCAUAUCCGAAGAAGUCCCCGCUAUGGAGAGCGUUGCUGAAGUUGUUGGAUUUGCAACAGCACACAGUGAAAAAUCUAGUUCCUCUGCUGAGAUGCAAACUCUUCCAGCUCCUCCUGUUGCCUCAGAUACACAGAUUGACAGCACACUGCAAGAGUUGCAAUACGGUUCACAAACUGACACAAAGGAAAGUCCUUCAGACAGUCAGACAUCUGGAGAAGGAGCUGCUCUUGUGGUUAUUAUGGGGUCAACCGAGGAACAGUUUGUUACAGUGGAAUAUAGACCAGAGACUAAAACUAACACGGAACUUGGUGGAAAAGAGCACACAGAUGAAAGUAUUCUCGCAAAAGCCCAGUCUCAGAUCUGUUUCACAUCUGUCUCUGUCCCACAAUCAAGUGUUGACUUUAAAGUCACUACACAACAUGAGGCUAAGGGGAAGUUUGUCAGGGAAUCAACUGUUCAUACAAGCCAAGGCAGCCAUACACACCUGUCCGAUACCCUGCAGGAGCAAGCAGGUGAUCACCAGGACUCAAAACCAUCUACACUCUUGUUACCCUCAUCAUGCAACAGUGAGAUUACACAAACAGGCCGAUCAAAAACACAACCUGAAAUCAUCAAAGAGAAUUCAAAUGAUGCCAGAGAAACACCGAAAACAAAUUCUUUGGGAUCAGUUGAGACUUGUGAGCAUGUUGAACCGCUUGAUGAAACACCACCCCCUUCUGCUGAAAUACUUGAGACCCAAAAGGCAGACGAGUCUCUCUGCUCUCUGCCCAGCAGCACAGCUGGCGCAGCAGACAGCAACAACCAAAGCAGCUGUGAUCCCCUCAUAGGAAGCGAGACGGUAGAGAGUAACGUGGGGGAAGAGCAAGCUGACAUGACUGUCUCUUCAUCUGACUUCACUGUCCUGCCAGAGUGCUCUGCCACACAGAAUUCACAGGACACCUCUGCCAUACCACCUUUGUUUGACACAGGUCUAGUGGUCUCCAUAGCAGAAACAUCUCAUUCCUCUGAUCAGAUCCACACGACAGCGACGCCACUGAUCGCUGAGCUUGUGCAUUCAACCGAUGCGCAAGAAAUUGUGGUUGUCAGGGAGGAGGCUCACAUCAGUGGGGACUGGUCCAGCAUGCACCUAAAUCAGAGUUACCUCCUCCAACGAGAAGAUGGCAGCGUCUGUGAAGCUGCCAUCAUCAAUCAGCUGAGCUCUGAGCUUUCUACUGGAGAACCAAAGCACUACGAAGAAGGCGAUCAGCCAGUGGAAGUGUAUGAGAUUUGCAGCCUGGUGGAGGAGGUUGCUGAGGAAACGGUGGGUGCAGGGAGUAGCUCACAGAUACCUCACUCUCCGACAUAUGAGGUAAACUUGUUCAACGCAUUAUUAGAGCAUCCUGAGGAGUACACUGUCAAAGAGGAAGCGGAGUCGCAUCUUCAACCGUCUAUUCACACAAUUAACGAAAGUGACACAGUCAUAAUUUCCCAGCAGCCCUUGCCUGCAUCAAAUGAUGCAAAUCAAUUACCGGCUUGUUACAACAGUGCUGAGAACUUGUCCAUACAAAGCACCAGGGUAGCAGCUAUUGGCCAUCAUUUGGUGUUAGACGCUAACCCAGCUGUUGAAGUGACAAACUCGGGUGAGGUGUGUUUGCUAGAAGUAGCUGCCGUUACGUCCGACUCCUUCACAGUUGAACACAUGGAUACAAGUGCGCAAAUUCUGACAUCGUGUUCGCAGGUCAGUGCGGCAUUCUCGCACCAAACAGAGGUGAUUGCGUCUCCUGUAAUUCACACGGUUCCCCAAAAAAUGGGGACGGAGGCGACAGCUGCUUCAUUGUCUCUUGUGUCCCCAGUGGGUUCUGUAACAGUGCAUGUUUCACAUGUAGAAAAUCAACCCACUCUCAAUCAGACCCCGGCAGUCACUGUUGUAAGUGCCACAAAGCCAGAGGCCUGUUUUUCUUCACAUGCAGGGACCAAAGAAUCCCAAGAUUUAACAGCGACUCCGUUACAGAGUAUUUGCAAAGUUGCUGUUCCAGGGCAAACCAAACCAGAGACGCUCUGCACCACUAAAACCUCUGGUACGAUAAAUCCAAACCUGCUCCUUCUCAAACCGGGAGCCAGUCUGCAACACCCGCCCUCCUUUUUGGCAAUUGUUUCCCAGCAGCAGAAUGCGUCUGGAGACAUGGCCAGUGCCCACAGCUCACGGUCUGGCCCAAAGUCUGAGGAGUGCCUUCUCCAAACUGUCUCAUCAGCGGACACUCUCUGUGCGUCUCAUCCGACCCCGUGUUCCGUCAAUAAAACUUGUGUGACAGCAGCUCCGCCUGUCAAGGUGCCGCAGCCUACAGUGAGCAGUAACAUCACACUUCACCUUGCCCACACUGCGUCUGUCACCCCCACCAGCUCCACAAGCAAAUCUGACAAAGAGGCCUUAACUGUUCCUAAAACGUCAAACCAAGCAGAUCCUGUGCCUCAAGUUGGAACUGCGUAUGUCACCCUUCCUGCUACGCCUCACGCUCAUGAGACUCUGGCAGCGUCAGUGGAAAGGGACUGUACAACAUCCUCCAGUUUUACCCACCACCAACCCGACCCCCUGUACACUGAGGAGGAGAGCGAGGACAUGGAGCAGGAUGAGGCAACGGAGGCUCAGGAGGCCAAUUCAGGACAGGUCAGCAGCCCAGAGGAAGGCAGCGAUGAGGAGGACGACGAAGACGAUGACAACGACAAAUCGGAAGGCAUGAUGACCACUCCUGAAUCAGUACACAAGCAUGGACAGAGCAGGACAGACAGACAGGCAAUGUUCCUAAAGGUUCGUCAGUGGAUAGCAGACAGGGUAACUGGGAACUCAUCUCCCAUCUCGCCCUCCACAUCCUCCUACCACAGUCCCUCAAUCACUAGUGACUGGGCCAUGCCUCGGCGGGAGAGGGCGUCACCUCUUCGAGGGCCUCAUGGCAAAUUCGUGUCUCCUUCCAUGGUUGGUGCCCACAGUUCAUCCUCCUCGCCACCCGAUCACUCUACUUCUCAUCGACUUCGAGGAGAGCGUCACACAGACAUGGCAGAACUGGCAAAACACGAAGCAGAUAUUGAGCAUCGAACCCAGGCUCUGAAGCGAGAGGGCUUCUGGUCGAUAAAGCGUCUCACCCGCCUGACUGAGCCACAGCGAACCAAAGUCCACUGGGACUACCUGUGUGAAGAGAUGCAGUGGCUGUCGGCUGAUUUUGCUCAAGAGAGGCGCUGGAAGAGGGGGGUGGCAAGAAAGGUGGUGCGAAUGGUGAUACGACAUCAUGAGGAACAGAGACAAAAAGAAGAGAAGGCCAAGCGAGAUGAGCACGCUAAAAUCAGAAGAGUCGCCUCUUCCAUCGCAAAGGAGGUCCGGGCCUUCUGGAGCAGCGUCGAGAAGGUUGUGCAGUACAAGCAGCAGUCCAGACUGGAGGAGAAGAGGAAGAAGGCUUUGGACCUCCAGCUGGACUUCAUUGUCGGGCAGACGGAGAAAUACUCUGACCUCCUUAGCAAGUCACUGGCACCCAGCAGGCCUGCUGAACCCGUCCCUGUGAAUCCUCAGAAGUCUCUCCCACCUCCAGUUGAUGAGGAUGACCGAGACUUUGAGCCCCCAUGUGAGGAGGAGGAUGACGAAGAGACGAUAGAGGUGGAGGAGCAACAGGAGGGCAAUGAUGCAGAGACCCACCGGAGAGAGAUUGAAUUGCUGAAGGAGGAGGGCAUGCUACCUCUGGAUCAGUUGCUCAGUACUCUGAAUCUGCCACAGGACUCUGGCUCAGAGGAAGAAUGCUCUGAUGAAACUUCGUCAUCAGUGGAGGAAGAAGAGGAUGGAGAAUUCACUGCCAAUGAAGAAGAUGCUGAGGAUGAGGAGGACACUAUAGCAGCCCAAGAAAAGGUAGAAGGAAAUGUAGAUCAUGCAGAAGAACUGGACGACUUGGAGAAGGAAGGCGAUAUGAGUAUUGAGGAACUGCUGGAGAAGUACAAAGGAGCAUAUGCCUCCGACUUUGAGGUGCCAUCUCCAUCUGGCUCCAAAGCAAGCUCUGAUUCAGAGGUGUCUGGGGAUGAGGAGGAGGAGAGUGAAGAAGUUGAGAGUGACGUGGAAAGCAACACUUCCUCCUCAGAUUCACAGGGAGACAGUGCAGAUGAUGACACGGAAAAGGACGAAGAGGAGAGUGAGGAUGAAGAGGAUGACGAUGACAGUAGGGAUGAAGGAAUGGAGGUCUUGCUAAAGGAGGGAGAUCACAGCCCAUCAUCCUCUAGUUCACGCCCAAAGAAAGAAAUCAGCCAUAUUGCAGCCACUGCAGAAAGUCUGCAGCCUAAAGGCUACACUUUGGCUACUACAAAGGUCAAGACUCCCAUCCCGUUCCUACUUCACGGCACCUUACGUGAAUACCAGCACAUUGGACUCGACUGGUUGGUCACAAUGUACGAGAAGAAGCUCAAUGGCAUUCUGGCUGAUGAGAUGGGUCUUGGCAAGACCAUCCAGACUAUCGCUCUGCUGGCUCAUCUGGCAUGUGAAAAAGGUAACUGGGGCCCUCAUCUCAUCAUAGUCCCCACCAGUGUGAUGCUGAACUGGGAGAUGGAGUUGAAGCGCUGGUGUCCUGGGUUUAAAAUCCUCACUUACUUUGGCAGCCAGAAGGAGAGAAAGCUGAAGAGACAGGGUUGGACUAAGCCCAACGCGUUUCAUGUGUGCAUCACAUCAUACAAGCUGGUGCUGCAAGAUCACCAAGCUUUCAGACGCAAGUCUUGGCGUUAUCUGAUCCUCGAUGAGGCACAAAACAUCAAGAACUUCAAGUCCCAGCGCUGGCAAAGCCUGCUGAACUUUAACAGCCACCGGCGACUGCUGCUGACUGGAACUCCUCUGCAGAACAGCCUGAUGGAGCUGUGGUCUCUCAUGCAUUUCCUCAUGCCCCACGUCUUCCAAUCUCAUCGCGAAUUCAAGGAGUGGUUCUCAAACCCUCUGACGGGAAUGAUCGAGGGUAGUCAGGAGUACAACGAGGGCCUGGUCAAGAGACUCCACAAAGUGCUGAGGCCCUUCUUGCUCAGGAGGAUCAAGGCUGACGUAGAGAAGCAAAUGCCCAAGAAAUACGAGCAUGUGGUGCGCUGUCGCCUUUCUAAGCGACAGCGAUUCCUCUACGACGAUUUCAUGGCACAGGCUUCGACCCGGGAAACACUGGCCAGUGGUCACUUCAUGUCAGUCAUCAACAUCCUCAUGCAGCUCCGCAAAGUGUGCAACCAUCCCAACCUGUUUGACCCUCGGCCCAUCUCGUCUCCCUUCAUCACGCAGCCCAUUGUUUUCCAUACAGCCUCGCUGGUGCAGGACGCCCUGGACAUUGCUCCUUUGAAGCGCUGCGACCUGUCUAUGUUUGACUUUGUCGGUCUGGAGAGCCGUGUGUCCCGAUAUCAGGCAGAUGUCUUCCUGCCGCGGCACAAGGUCAGCCGCCAACUGAUCCAGGAGAUCAUGGACUCCCCUGAGCCCCCUCCUAGACCCAAACCAGUUCGCAUGAAGGUCAACAGGAUGUUCCAGCCGCCUCCUAAAGGUGAUAAUCGAUCUGUUCUGCUGAUGAACAAACCUACCUGCGCUGUGUCCUCCGCUGCUCCGACCCUCAAACCCCCUCCAGUAACAGAGGCCACAGCAGCUCCUGCACCUGCUCCUGUAGUUCAGCAAGUGGUGUGUUCAGUGGCAGCCACACCCCCUCCUCGCCCUCUCAUGCAUCCUGCAGCUCAAACUGCAGUGAGAUCCAGUGCUCCAAAGCCAGUGCUGACUGUCCGGCCUCCCACAGCUCCCUGCACUGCCAGCGUCCCUGCACACCCAAGUCCGACCACCAGCAGCGUCAUGCCUCAGAGGGUUCUACUCAGUCCAGACAUGCAAGCUAGGUUGCCUUCUGGUGAAGUAGUGAGUAUAGCCCAGCUUGCCUCCUUGGCGGGGCGACCUGUGUCGACAUGUCAGGGCAGUAAACCGGUCACCUUCCAGCUCCAGGGCAACAAGCUGACUCUAUCUGGAGCCCAGAUCCACCAAGUCCCAGCGUCUCCACGUCCAGUUCAAGGUAGUGUGAUGCAUCUGGUGUCCAGCGGGGUGCAGCACCACCUCAUUAGCCAGUCUGCCCAGGUGGCUGUCCAGAGCACACACCCUGCUUACACCUCCUCUACCGCUGCCUCUGCUAAUCGCCUGCCUCACAAUGCCUCCGCACAAGUGUCGUCCACCAUGAUGAGCAGUCCUGGCGUUGUGAAGAUCGUUGUGCGUCAAUCAACAGGCAAGGAGGGCGGGCCUGUGCCCACCCUGGCAGUGACUCCUUCCCCUCGUAUUGCUCCUCAGGCCUCCCCUUCCUCACUAGCCAACACGACCCCUGUCAGAAAUACUGCUCCACUACAGAUUGCCCAGCGCACCCCAGGUCCUGCCACUGCCCACUACACCAUAGCUCCCCCUAGAAACCCAACGUCAACCCCAAACCAGCCUCAACCCCCACGCCCUAUCCUCAAAUUAGUGCAGCCUCUUCCAUCAACCACAGAGCAGCCAGUUGCAGCUCAGGUGUCUGCUUCAUCCACUGUGUCAAAGCCCUCGAUGACCCCCCGUGACAAUAGCAGCAGUCAAAUGCCAGCUACCACAAAGGCAAGAACCAGUGCAAGCGCCAAACCCACCCCUCCACCAAGAAAACGGCCCCCUCCACCUCCCCGCUCUCCUUUCUAUGUGUCGUGGAUGGGAGAAAGCCUAAAGCAGCAGCGUGAAAGCCGGCUGGACUUCAUCAUGCGGGUCAACGAGCGCCACUGCGGCGCGAAGCCUGUGUACGGACAGGAGGUUUUGGACUUUCUGACUUUCCUUCCUGGUCCUCGACCGCUGCCAUCUGCCCUUAGCUCUCAGGGGGAAUGGGGCCGCUCGGGUCACAGCAGCUGUGUGUUUGCACAGUCGCAAAACAAAUACGACUACUGGUUUCAGAGUCGUGCUGUGAGAAAGGCUAUCGAGGGCAUCGAGGAGAGGCUGGAGCUGCUCAGCGACGUUAUUGACAGGUUUACGUUUGUGAUUCCUCCAGUGGAGGCUCCACCCAUCUCCAUGCAUUGCUGCCACCCUCCUCCAUCCCUGAGCCACAAGCAGGCAGUUUUCUCCACCAUGCUGUCGACUCAGGUCGCUCCACUCACCCGCAGCCUCCACCGUAUUCACUGUAACAUGAGGACCCAGUUCCCGGACCUCAGGCUCAUACAGUAUGACUGUGGUAAACUUCAGACUCUCCACACUUUGCUUCGAAAGCUGAAGACGGGAGGCCAUCGGGUGUUGAUCUUUACGCAGAUGACGCGGAUGUUAGAUGUGUUGGAGCAGUUCCUUAACUACCACGGACACAUCUACCUCCGUCUGGAUGGCAGCACACGUGUAGAGCAGAGACAGGCUCUCAUGGAACGCUUCAAUGCAGAUCGGCGUAUCUUCUGCUUCAUUUUGUCAACUCGCAGCGGCGGUGUGGGAGUAAACCUCACGGGGGCCGACACUGUUGUUUUCUAUGACAGUGAUUGGAACCCCACCAUGGACGCACAGGCCCAGGACCGUUGCCAUCGCAUUGGUCAAACCCGGGACGUCCACAUAUACAGGCUGAUCAGCGAGCGAACAGUGGAGGAGAACAUUCUGAAGAAAGCCAACCAGAAGAGGAUGUUGGGAGACAUGGCUAUUGAGGGAGGAAAUUUUACCACUGCCUUUUUCAAACAGCAAACCAUACGAGAACUGUUUGAUGUGAAUGAUGGGGACAAGAAAGAGGUGGCAGUGGAGCUGACUGUGCCCCAGGGUGACGAGGAGGAAGCCGUCAACAAACAGAGCACCACCAUUCUGGAGCAGGCUUUGUGUCGUGCAGAGGAUGAGGAAGACAUAGUAGCAGCGUCUCAGGCUAAAGCAGAACAGGUGGCAGAGCUGGCGGAGUUUAACGAGAACAUACCCCUGGAUGACGGAGGGGAACAGGAGGAAGUGGAGGAACUCUCCAAAGCCGAGCAGGAAAUAGCAGCUCUGGUGGAGCAGCUCACUCCCAUUGAACGUUAUGCCAUGAACUUUCUGGAAGCCUCGUUAGAAGAUGUUUGCAAAGAAGAACUGAAACAAGCUGAGGAGCAGGUGGAGGCUGCAAGGAAAGGCCUGGAUCAGGCCAAGGAGGAAGGCCUCAAGCUUCAUGCUUCUUCUGAUGAAGAUGAUGACGACUUUUUGUCACCGCUUGCUGCCGUGGAGCCUGUUCACCCAACUCCAGGCCGCCGUGGUCGUAAACCCAAGGACAAGGACAAGAUUGUUACCUCAACAAGGACCAGUGGCAGACUCCGUGGGGCCUCGCCUGAAACUGAGCCCGAGCCCACAACCCCUAAAGAAGUGCCUGAAAGACUCCGUCUUGGUCUGAGAGGACGAGGAGCUGCCAAAGAUGCUGGUACUGUGUCGACCACCCUGUCACUCACAGACCAUCAAAAACCCCACUCAUCAACCAGGCCCCAAGACUCCAACAAACUGUCGAAGGGUUCAUCACCUGCCAGAGAUCACCAGACCAUCAAAUCAAAAAGCCUAGCAAACUGUUCCAAUUCCAGUCCAGUGCCUUCCCCUUCCACCACAUCUCCUCCUGGAGGGAAACAUCAAUGUGCUGCAGAGAUGGAGCACAGCUCCCGAGCAGAGAGAGGGGAAAAUGAUGGGGAAAAUGAGAGGAGAGUGUCUGAGUCAUCGAUGGAGUCCAGCUGCCCAGGGGACCACCUGACAAAGGACGACGGCAAAGACAACAGUGCCAUGUCUCCUCCCUCCAGCAGAUCACCGCGCAAGCGUCAGUCCGCAGACGGUGAGGUCCUGCGGGGCCUGGUCGAAGACUCACCCUCAGCCAAGGUUUUGCGGAAACUUCCGGGAAGACUGGUGACAGUGGUGGAGGAGAAGGAGCCGAGGAGAAGGCGGCGUCGAGGAAGUGGCACUGUAGGAGGAGGCUCUUCAGAAGAUGCGGCCGAGGAGAAUGCUGCUGGAUUCAUCGAUGAGUCAAACAAAGGCAGUGCAUCGCCAAGCCCAGACGGUAAAGUUAAAGGGGUUGUUACUAGAGCCCCGCAGGACCAAGACUCUACUCCCUCUGUUCACCAUCAGCCCGUCAGAGGAUAUCCCCCGUAUUCCCCACCUCACCUCUCCCCUGACAUGCCCAUGCUGAGAAACCUCCCCGUGCGGCGCAGGCUGGAAACUGAAUCUCGCAUGGCUGCCCAGCUGGGAGAGCACCAGCCGCAAAUGGGGCGCGGACGGGGAGCAAACCCGUCCAAGAGAACGGACACCCCACCAGGCAGAGACUCUACUUGUACCCCUGCAGAGUCCAGUGUGGAUUCCGUUGCUCCACCUGUGAAACGUAAAAGGGGUCGGCCGCCUAAGAUUCACCCCAAACCUGUAGCGGCUCCUUCCCAGCCCGCCCCAGCAAGCUUGCAGGGAGACCAGCCUCUCAUUCCAAAACGGAAGAGGGGCCGUCCCCGCAAAGACUCCACAGUCAUUCCACACAUCGUAAGUGUCAUGAACUCUAAACAAGAGACUUCUCCAACUCAAGUGUCUGGUUUGUCAAGCACGUGGCCGACUGCAGCCCAGAAGGAGACUCUCACAGCUGUGGUUCCCAGCACAGUUCAAGACCCUCAGGGUCUCAGAACUGAUGAAACUGACACUAAAACCGAGGUUUUAGCCUCUGCUGUAAAUUCAGAUCAGACUUCUACACCAGUUACAGUCAAUGAGCCUGCUGAACCUACUGCACCUGUGCCACAGGUGACCACGCCCCUUCCUUUGCCUGCUUCCUCCUCCCCCUCAGACCAGGUCGUAACUUUACCUCCAGCUGCAGCCCUAAGCUCAGACACAGCACUAGCCUGUGUACCUUCUACAUCCUCGUCUACCAGUGUCCCAGUCACUGGGAGCCCAACCACCACUACACCGUCUCCACCUGCCAGUAACAACUCAACUCUUUCACAAGCCAAACCAACUUUAGCUCCUGCAGCUCCUGUCGAGACAAAACCUUCAGCUGUGAAAUCAACAGAACCACAGUCCGCCACUACAGUUGGCAGACCAGUUGCUGCUCCACUACCCAGCAUAGCGGUUCCAACAUCAGUCCCUGUCACAAUGAUCACAACACCCACUACCAUAGUCUCAAAAACAUCAAGUGCUACAGCAGCAGUGAUCACAACAACUGCUGCUGCAGAGAACAAGACACAAGCUCCUGCAUCAUCUCCCCCAGCAACUGUGACCUCAGCUCCAGUUUUCAGUUUGCUGAGCGUAACUACAACUACACCAACCUCAAUAACUACAGCAACAACCACAUCAGCAAUACAAACCGCAAGUUCAUCAGACUCAACGUUAACAACCCCAGUAGGAACUAAACAAGCUAGCUGUAGCACAGCCCCCGAAACGACCACAACCAUCACAUCAACGCCACCAACGACGGUCACAGGUGCAGUCAAUGCAGCACCAGCUUCUCCAGCCCAAGUAGAGACCGUGACGGCUGCCAAAAUCCUAAUCGAACCAGAACCAACGUCAACCACCGUUCAAAUGCCUGCAGAGGAAACAACAGAGGCUGCAGCAGCAUCGCCUGCCUCCACCUGCACCAGUGCCCCAGCCAUAGCCUCUCCCAGUGAAACCACCAGCCCCGGGGAGGCAAAUGCAGAUGUCAGUUCAUCAGUGUCAAUAGAUGUGACGACGACUCCAACAACAGCAGCAGCUCCUUCUGAGAACACCUCUGCACCAGUAUCAGCAUCCACAGACUCUGAAACAGCUCCAUUAAUAGCAGUCACCACAGCUCCACUCACCCAAGAACAUCCAGUUGUUAGCACAAACGCAACACUUACGGCUGUGCCAGUAGCAGAAACCACAGCUGCUCCGACUAAAAUGGAUUCUCCUGCAACCACCCCUGAAGCAUCUGCUGCCACUUCUCACCAGGAACACAACUCUGCUUCCAUCCUAGAGGUGCCAACAGCAGCCUCCACAGAGGUGCUGCCUCAGACGCCCACGGCUGCUCCCUCCUGUGUUUCAUCAGAGAAGCAGUCCACAGAGCCGGCACUAACAGAAUCUGCAUCUGAAACAGACUCCCACAUGGUGACGAAAAUUGAAGAGGAUGCUGUGGAGGCAGACGCAGGGAUGAGCAGAGAGGACGGCGACAUGCAGAUCGAGAAGUCUCAGCCUGAAAUAAUGGUGAGUUUCUCUGAGGCCAAAGAGUCGGAGGCACGAGAAGAAGCAACGACCGCAACUCCUCCUCAGCAAAAAGAAGCCAAGGAGACAAAGGAAGCUCCCGAACCCCAGAAACAGAAAAGGCCCCUGAGUCGGCAGAGCAGUCAGGAGUCGACCUGCUCCUCCUCACCCUCGUCUGGGUGCUCCACAUCCACCCUAACUCGUCACGCUCACCACAAGAAGACAUAUGAAAACAGACAUCCCACUAAGAAGAGACGAGUGGACGUCACCUCAGACGCAGGGGAGGAGGACGCAAAGGAGGGGGAGGACCAGGAAGAGGAGCGCUCCGGCUCUCGGAAGAGACGGGCCAGGUCUUCAUCUUCCUCCUCUGACUCGGACAGCGGCGAAGGCAGGAAGGAACACCGGGUGACUCGCUCAGCGAAGCGCAGGUUACAGGAUCAGGAGAAAGAGCAGGACGACAAACCGGCUGGAAAGAAACCUUCACGCAGCUCGCACAGAAAUGCGUCACACAAUGCCAACGCGUCCACGGGCGGAGAGUCUGGCAGCGACACAUCUUCAGUCAGGACGACCAGGAAGUCUGCAGCCUCGCAGCCGCCGCAGGACGUUAAGACUCAGACGAGCAGCGGGCCCUUGUUGCCUCCGGAGCCUGAGGUUCUGGGGAAGAGGUGCUCGGCGCUCAACGCUGCAGCCAAGCUUCAGGCCAUGAAGGGCAGAGUGGACACCCCCGGCCACACCCCCCGGAAAGACUCGGUAACCAAGUCUACUGGGACCUCUCCUGCCUCUUCAGCUGAGAAGAUCCAGAAGCCUAAAAGCAAGAGCGUGCCGGCCUCUCCUUCUCCUCAGAGUAACUCCACCAACAACAAGAGCGGUGGCAGCAAACCGUCAACACCUGGUCAGUCCAACCGUCCAUCCGCCCGCUCCACCAGGCAGUGCCCCGGUUCUCUGCUUCCACCUCUGGAGGGGGAGUACAAGAGGUCCAAGCCAGAGGAGAAGGAGACGGGCAGCAGGAAGUCGUCCGGGGGCAAGGACUGCGAGGCCGAGGGGCAGCCGUCCUCCAGGGGCCACAGCGCCUGCAGCAGCGUGAGCAGCGACGGCGAGGGCGGCGGACGCAGCAGCAGGAGCCGCAGCAGCAGCAACAGCAGCCAGCGCACCCACAGCAUCAGCUCCCAGAACACCGACCGCAGGGGCUCCCGCUCCCGCGCCGCGUCCUCGGGCAGCGAGCGCGAGGGCGACCGCAGCUCGGACCGGGCCAAAGCCCGAGACAAGCAGCAGCGGCGGCAGCAGCAGCAGCAGGAGGGCCGCAGGGACGGCCGCAGGUCCCAGAAGCUGCUGCAGGAGGCGACGGGCGGCUCGGGGGCGGAGGGCACGCCGGACAGGGUGCUGCGCAGCGUGGCGGCGCUCGCCGCCGUGCAGGCGCGCUCGCCGGCGGCGAGCACCCGCUCCUCCUCCAGUCAGCACCGCAACAAGACGUGAUCGGGAGGCGCCGAAGGGCAGAGCGCGAUAGGACAGCCAGUCUGCACUCGCAGGAACGCGGGGGCGGAGCCAGGGACCUCCCCGCCUCCUGGGCCCUCUUCCUUCCCGACUGGAGCUGGUCCCGGUACCGGCUGGAUGCUGGACUGAGAGUAUGAACGCGGCACCGACACACGCUACAGUGGAUGAACUGACCACUGAGACAUAACGGGGGCAAACGGUGCAAGAGGUAAUAAAGGCAAGUUGUCAAUUCACAUUAUGUACUGUAUCAUUAAGGACUGGGACGCUCAGAUCUUAUGUUUUAAGAUGGGAUUAUACAGCACCCUCUAUUAGGGUUAUAAAUGAAGUCAUUUCUGUGACAUAAACCUUUUGGAGUGACCAGUUGUAUUGUAAGUUGGAGGUUUUAGACGGUUUGGUUUUUGAACAUUUCUUCAGCUGUCCUGACUAUUGUUUCUUUGUAGUCAGUUGAUAAGUUAUGCAUAUUUUAUAAUUUCUUCCAGGGUAUUAGGAAGAGAACAGAUCUGUAAAUGUGAUCUUUGCUGCACUAUGCUGGAGCUUGUCUUUGCCUGGGUCCCCUCCUCCCCCCAUGUCGAUUUCUGUUCAUUGGAUUAAUUUUUAAAUCCAGCCUUGCAUUCUCAUUUUGCACAUCCAAGUACAUUGUGGUGUAGUGAAAAAUGUUUUUACAUCAAUUUAAAGUCAGAUAAUUAAGUCCUGGUACCUUACAAUGUAUCUCUACAGUCUGAAAAUGUGUCACUGAAACAUCUGGAGACAAAAUCCAAAUUCUUUCUCCCGAUCUUCCCAAAGGAAAGUUGGAGUUACGUCAUUAAAGCCUUUUCAUGUAUUUAUAUGGAAAUGUUGAAAUUAAAGAGUGCCUCUUUGGCCAAAUGGGUUUGAACCUCAGAUUGCCUUGUUUAGCACCUGAAGCAGGGGUGUGGAGCUUCUCAAAUAAAAAGGUUAAAAUGCCCACAUGAAAUAUGGAACAAGCACCCUGUGCAUCAGUGCUAUCAAAUUGUUUUGUCAGCAUCACUUCAUUGCUCUUCGUUCAUGUAAAAAAAAUCUUGGAUAAAAUGUGAAUAAAAUUACUAGUACAGUUCCAGAUGGAUGUAAAUUGUUGAUUUACUUUUGGACUUGGUCAAAGCUACUUUGAGCAAAGUUGGUAUUUGGAGGUGGGGGCGGGUUGUUUAUGGUGAUCUUGUUUUUGUCUUGAUUUUGUUGCAUUCCUUUUGAUCCCUUGUAAUUCCACAUUGUUUUACUUGAAAAAUUAAGACAAUUACAGUUCAAUAAAAAGACCAAAAGUUA